CAGUGACAAACUGUUUACCAAUUUCGUCCUCCAAAAAAAAACACAGAGGGUGGGGACUGAGGAGAGAGAGAGAGAGAGAGAGAGAGAGAGACCGAGUUUUUUCUUGUGUGUUCUUCUUCAGAGAUAACACCAAGAAAUCAGAAUCAUCACACCACCUUGAAUUCUCUCUUGUUCUAGCUCUCUCUGGUUGCAAGUUUGCAAAAGAUAAGGUUUUUUUGGAGAAAACAGAGGAGGUUGGCACAGAGGAUAUAUGUCUUCUAGAUUUUAUCUGUCGACUGGAGCUCCGAAGAAGCUCUGGAAAUCAUAUCAGCCUCUCUUUUGCAUGCACAAACAGAUUUCAUCUGUUUUUUACAUGCCAUUAAGAUCACAAAGGAGUUGUUCUGGUGUGAAGUGCUUUAAGGAUUGUUUCAGAAUACAAUUUUCGAUUUCGAUUUCUGGACUCGGGUUUUUGAGGGUUUUGGGUUUUUCUUGAUACUGAGUUUUCAACUUUUGAGAGAAUUUUUGUUUUCUUUUUCUUGUUUUCGGGUAUAGGGGGUUUAGGGGUUUUAAGUUCAAAAUGCCGGGGAUGAAAACCGUAAUCUUGAAUCAACAUGUGAGCUGGAACAAAUUGAAGAAAAAGCAACCUACCGUAGAAGAGAAUGCAGGUUACGUGAAGAGAAUUCGGAUUAUAUACAAUGAUCCUGAUGCCACCGACUCUUCGAGUGAAGAUGAUGAGGAUUAUGAUAUUGAGGGAAACCUAUUUCAGCAUGGUAAGCACUUUGUUUCGGAGAUUUUGGUUGUGGAAACAGAAUGUGAAUCAUCUGCAGGGACCAAUGGAGGCAGAAUUGGUCAUAGUACGGACUUUUAUGACUCUAGGAAAAGUAAUAGAGUGCUCCCUAAGGGAGUUCGACGCAGAAAAUGGGGAAAAUAUGCAGCGGAGAUUCGAGAUCCAUUUCAAGGAAUUCGAAAAUGGCUUGGCACUUUUAAUACAGCAGAGGAGGCUGCUGCUGCUUAUCAGCAAAAGAAGCGUGAGUUUGAGACCAUACAGUCACAGCAAAGGACUAAGAGCCACUGUGAAAACAUGCCAUUAUCUGAUAAGCAUGAGUUUGAGAGUAUGCAAUUAACGGAGGGAGCCAAGCAUGAGCUUCAAAGCGUUCCUUUAUCAGAGGAGAGUCAGGAUUCAUCGUUUUGCCAUCCAUCACCAUCAUCUGUGCUUGAAAUGUCUGGUUCAGCUGCGCUUUGUAUUGGACUCGAAAGGUUGAAAGAAGAAUCUGGGGGAGAAGGCACUGUGCAGCAACCAGUUUUUGAAGAAGAGGAAUCCAUUCCAAUGUUGCCACCAUUAGAUGUCGAACAGUUGAAUUUGGGAUGCGGGGACAAUUACGUGUUUUCUAGCUUGGAUCAGUUCUUUGAUGGCAUGUGUGAUAUUGUUGAUGAUGGUAUGACAGACACAGUUGAUUAUCCCGCGUGCAAGGAUAAAAAAGACGAGGCUAUGUGUCUUCCCCCUCUCGACUUCAAUUUUGGUCAGCAGGAUUUCUCUUGGAUUGAUCAGAAACUGGAACACGGUAAGCCAUGAAGUUUUGUAGUUAGGAAUUACCAGUAGUUUAUCCAUUACAUGUUGCACAAUAAAAUGCUCAAGAAAUGUUUGAGCAGCGGGGUUUAUUGUUAUCGUUUUCUAUGUUCGGAGAGAGUUCUUGGGUUUUCACUGUGCUUUUCGGGCCGUCCAAGAUUUUUCCAACUCUCAGACUCGGAGUGGUAAUAUGUUUGAGUAAGCUAUUAUAAACUGAACCCUUGUGUACUCCUUUUCUAUUAGUAUUAACGACAGGUCAGUUUAGUCAAA